AAGCAGUACCUGAAGAACGUCUCGGCCCAGAGGGACUGCUUCCAUUCGCACUUUAUUCAGCGCCUCACACGCUUCCCGCCCUGGCCUCAGAUCCCAUCGCUCAGGGGGAAGCAGACGGAGCUCUGCUCCGUUUCAUCACUCUGCCCGAUAAAGCUGCAGCUCCCAGGUGGUUCAGAUCACCCAAUCCUGAUACGGCGUUCAGGACACGGUGCCCGGGACUAUCAGAAACCUCCUGUGCCUCCCACUCAGGGCCUCAGGGGGAGAGAGGAGUCCAGAGUUAAUGUGCUUGUGACUGCAGUGCGCCUGCCGGAUGGUCUGUCCUUCGUUAUCUACGAGUUCUGGGAUGGAGAGGAGGAGUGGAAGAGCGGCCUGGUGCAGCGUGAACAGAGACUGAGCAUGAAGACACUCAACUACACGCCAAGACUCCUGGACACUCCACUAUUCUUUACCCCCCCCCCCCUCCCCUCUGACCUGCCCCUGCCCCCUCAGCCCUCACACCCCUCCCCUCUUUUUCCGAGCCCGGCUCCUCCCGGCCGUUCAGCUCCCGCUGAGCAGACCACACCUCUGAGCAGAAUCCGUUGUCAGAUCGACAUGCAAACUCAGGAAAAACAGAAACGUGAACCUCUGACAACUGUCCACCUAGUGCCCACCUCCCCGGGCCGGGAUCUUAGAGCCCCGGAGUGGCCUCAGAGUGACCCCGGAGUGGCCCGGGAUCUCCACCGGAGGCCGGGCGAUAAGUGA